AUGCAAUCAGAAUUAGUCGCUUCUGCUUACGGUAAAGGUAACGUUAAGUUCUUAAAGGUCAAGAAGAACCCAUCUGAUCCAAAUAUCCAGGAGAUUUUGGAAGCCAAUGUCCAAGUUUUGUUGAACGGUACUUUUGACAGAUCAUACACCCAUGCUGACAACAGUGCUAUUGUUCCAACUGAUACUGUCAAGAACACUAUUUUGGUCGAAGCCAAGAACACUGAUGUGUGGCCAAUCGAAAGAUUCGCUGCCCACUUGGCCAAGCACUUCACUGGCAAAUACGAACAAGUCCAUGGUCUCGAAAUCACCAUUGUCCAAUCUAGAUGGAGCAAGUACCUUCUCAGCAAUGGUAAGGAACAUGCGCACUCUUUCUCUCACGAUGGCCCAGAAACCAGAAGAACCGUUUUGACCUACAACAAGCACUCUAAGAAGUUGUCUAUUUCCUCAGCAAUCAAGGACUUGAAGCUCUUGAAAUCUACCGGCUCCAUGUUCUACGGCUACAAUGUCUGUGACUACACCACCUUGAAGCCAACCAAUGACAGAAUUCUCUCCACCGAUGUUGAUGCUGUGUGGGACUUUGAUUCCAAAUACGUCCCAACCUUAGACAAAGUGUUCAAGCUUGCUGACGAAGGUUUAUUCGACAGAGCCUACAACACUGCCAGACAGACCACCUUGGAUUUGUUUGCCUUGGAACAAUCCGCAUCUGUUCAAGCCACCAUGUACAACACCUCCCACAAGAUCUUAGAACAGGUUGAUGAGAUCAAGACCAUUUCCUACAAGUUGCCAAAUAUCCAUUACAUCUUGUACAACUUGGAAUGGAAGGGUAUCAAGAACAACACUGAAUUGUUCUACCCAGCCUCUGAUCCAAACGGUCAAAUCACCAGUACUGUUGGUAGAAAAGCUUCCUCCAAGUUGUAACCUAUUUCACUUCUCUAUAUAUUUUCGAUUUAAUUUUAUGAUUUAGUUGCG